AUGCCAUUAAAGAUGGAGAUCGUCGGAGCCAACCCAUCUACAUCGGAAGUUGUUGUUGUGGACCGCCGCUGCCGUUCGUCGGGCAGUUGUGAUCACCACAUCUCUUCUCUCUUUCUUGCCAUCGUCGUUGCCUCAUUUCAUGGUGGUCUCUUCUCAGUCACGACCAUCGUCACCGUUUGGCUCGGUUCUGUUACUCAGGUCAUUGGUCUAGCCACUGUAACUACCAUCAUAUUUCGUCGUCGCUGCUUCUUCUGUUUCAUGAUCAUGGGAUUGUCCAGCUGCCGCCUGCCUCCGACGUUGAGGUUGCUGCUUUGUGGGUAUAUGAGUUCCGUCAUGCGGGUGUUAGUCUCAACCCAUGUCGCAUGCGAGGAUGUGUUUAAAUGGCUGGAAAACGGAGGAGAUCCCAAGGGCUCCAAAGUUUAG